UCCAAACUAGCCGUUUGCUUCCUGAGCUUCCGGAGGCUUAAAAAAAACAGCUAGCUAGCAUCUUUAACAGUGUGUUUCUACUGAGUUUGAUAGAAGCUACCUGAGCUACCAUGGACACAGCAUCACAUUGAACUACCUUACGCUAAAGUAGGACACUUUAACGGACCCGUUCCCAUCUGUCCAACCUGCCGUUUCCUUGUUUCGAUGGCAUUUUACCGUUUUUCCAUAAAGGAGCAGUGUGAAUUUGUGCAUCAUGUCAAAGAAGAUGUGGGAAUAUACGAAGAGAAGAGCGACCGUAAAAGGGUCCUCCUGUUCCCCCCUCUACCCAGCAGACUACGGUACCUGAUCCACCAGACCAUUGAGGACCUGCCUCACCUGACUACCUUCUCAGUAGGAGACAGCUGGUGUCGUCAGGUUGUGGUCUGCUAUUCUGAGCUCAGGCUUGAGGGGGAGGAAAAAAGUGACCCAGAAGGCAACACCUUCUGGGUCACGAGCACACCGCGAAGCAAAGCAUCGAAGAGGCCAGACAAACCACUUUACAUGCCAAGAGCAGUUCGCCAGAGACUGUCCUUACAAAACUCCCAGAUACCCUCAGGAGACCAAGAGUUACCUGUGCCAGCUUCAAGUAGCUAUAGCUGCAUCAGCAGCUCACCUGACUCUUGUUCCAGGCCUGAAACUACAGAAAACACCAUGUCCUCCCCCACAGCCAGUCAGGAAACGGCCCCCAGUGCAUCAGACAGUAACCUCAGUCAUGUUUCUGACAGCUCAGAGCUUUGUCCUCAGAUUCUGCAGACGCCUCAUGACGCUGAGCCCCUCGUAUGGGGCCAGACUGUGGCCUGCUUUGCUGACAUGACUCUGGAGGAGGAUGAGGACACUGAAGAUCUUGCUAGUUUGAUCAAGGCACGUAUAAAAGAGCCUGAAGCUUUUUCCAUUGAGCAUGUUCACAACGACUACUGCUUGUUUGAGACCGUGUAUAAACCCGAUGAGUUUCGCCAUGUGAUCGAGAUUUACAACUUCCCUCAUGUGUUCGAAACAGAUGACCUCCUGGAUGCUUUUGCUGAGUAUAGUGAUGGUGGAAUGAAGAUCAAGAGGAUAGAUAAAACACAUGCCCUGGGGGUUUUCUCCAGUGAGUCAGCAGCACUUCAUGCCCUCUCCAUCUCCCAUCCGCGGCUAAAGACAAGAGCUCUGUCUGAAGGGAGUAGAAAAGCCAAAGGCAAAGCCUUUCAACAUGCAGAGCUUAUCCAGCCAGUGAAGGAACGUCCCAGGACAGACUCUGCUGUUGCACAGCGGAUGGUGAGCAGAGCCUUGGGGCUGCAGGGACGCAGCAGAGUGCAGAGAUACUGAAGUGUCGGCUAAUGCAGGGAUCCAGUAGAGGUCUGCCUCCCUUCACUCUAACUCUGAAGAGGCUCCAGAGUGUGAAGAGAGUGACUAUAACUGAUAGGCGAGCCCCAUCCUGGUGAAGUCUAAGAUCUCGAUCUGAACACUAAAUCACUACAGCCUCAAAGAUGCAGCUUGUCCCCAACACCUUUGGAAACUCAAAAUGUGAUUCCUAUCACUUUUUAUAAAACGAUGGUGCACAAGUGUUACAUCAGUAAAUAUGAAUUACUCUGAUAUCAUUGGAUAAAAUCAGAGUCCAUAGCUUAUUCUGAUCUGAUUGGAUAACGUGUUGCCUUGAAAGUGAAGGGUGUAUCAAGGGUGUUCCAGAAAGAGGUUUUUGUUUCCUCUUUGCCAAAGUGAUGUAGGAUUGAUAUAGUAAAUCUAUACAAGCAGUUGUUCAUUCACAUCAUUGUGUAAGAUUUAGGGUUUCUUAUGGCACUGAUGGAUUUAAUAGUUAUUCAAAUGUUUAUUAGUUCAAAACCUAAAAACAAGAAUAGUUGUGUUUUGGGUCAGUUUAAAGAAGCCUUUGUACCUAGUGGGUCCUCCUAAACAGAGAACAUUUUUCUGCACUUUAAUGUACUUACAGAAGCCCAAAAGGGACAAAUCUAGCUCAGCAGGUGGUCUUUGUGGUUCUUUGUUAGGUAUUAGAGGAGUUGUUGCCUUCUGCAACCACUAGAUGUCACUAAAUCCUACAGACUGGUUCUUAGUUUGUAAUUCUUUUAAAGAUUGAUUCUCAGGACUUGGUUAAAGAUGUUUGAUCACACUGUGUGCUGGAGUCACGCCCUGAUUUUAUAGGAAGGAAACGACUCCAAUUCAUAAAUGUAAGCUAGUUUAAUUAACAGAAUCAGAUCUGUUACUAAGGUAAGACAGUGUUUCACAUUAAUGUUAUACUGGACUCAAUAGUUAUUUUCUAAUUUUGUAGUUCAUUUUAAAGAUUCUUAUUUUUUGUAAACAUGUUCUAAGAUGUUAAAUUAUUUUUCAAAUGUUUUUUUUUGUGUGUCACACAAUUAACUCGGCAUUGUUUCCUUAGAGGCAGAAUGUUUGGUGUCUUUCUCCUCAUUACAAAUUUAACCGUUUUUGACUAACUAAAGUUUGUGUUUUGGACGCCUACAGUAUGAAUCUGUUCCUAUACUCGCUUUUGUUUCGCUGUCAUUGACUUAACACAAGUCUUACCUCUAAGUUCUUCAUGCAGAGGUAAGACUCUGAAGGGACAACGCUAUUCAGAGAGAAUUCUAUACUUUGUUAUCUAGUAGAAGAUGUAAACUGUUUAAUUUUGUCACACUGAAAUAGGAUGUUUACAUGUUAUGCUCUUAUGUACGUGUGCCUGAUGUGAGAGUGACAGGACAGUUUUGCGUCCAAUAUUGUAGAAUUGAACUGCAUUUAUUGAAGAGUUUCAGGAAAAAGAAGUGUGGAUCAUAGAAAUAAAUGUGGAACUGUUCCGUUGAAACGUUUAUUUUAAACUUGAUUAAUUGUGUGAAUAAAGUUUCAGAGUUGUUCAGUUGUUA